CGUUUAGCGUUGUUGUGAAUUCAAUAUGGCGGUAGCGAUUAGUGUUGUGUCCGCUAACAAUAAUAUAUCAAUGGACGGUUAAUAAAUUAGUAAAUAAUAUUUAUAGUCGCUAAUGUAAAUAUCAGUUUGGAAGUGCGUUUGCGUCCGAUGGACAUUCACAGUUCCCAGUUGAUGCUGAUCGAGUUACUGUGCGGCUAACGGCGUGUGCUGGGUAUCCGAGUAAAUUUUCGUGAGCGAAAUUUCGUCGCUCGCUAGUGACGAUCGUUUAGGAGCAAACUACCUUGGUGGCUGACGAAGUGAAAAAACUAAUUUUCAGACGAUCUUUCCUGAUAGUCAGGCAUGUGGGACAUAACCAUUUGUAGUUUAAUUGUAAAUUAAAAGAAUAUAAAUAAAAUGACGGACACAAGAAGAAGGGUGAAGCUAUAUGCGUUGAACGCAGAUAGGCAAUGGGACGAUCGUGGCACCGGUCAUGUGUCUUCAGCUUAUGUGGACAGACUAAAAGCAAUUUCAUUGCUGGUUCGAGCAGAGAGUGAUGGUUCUUUGUUGUUGGAGUCAAAAAUUCAACCAGACACAGCUUAUCAAAAGCAGCAAGACACAUUGAUUGUGUGGUCAGAAGGUGAUAAUUUUGACUUAGCUUUAAGCUUCCAAGAGAAGGCUGGUUGUGAUGAAAUCUGGGAGAAAAUCUGCCAAGUGCAAGGUAAAGAUCCCUCAGUUGAAAUCACACAGGAUAUCGUUGAAGAGUCCGAAGAUGAGCGGUUUGACGAUAUGUCCGACUCGGCGCCGCCGAUUGAAUUGCCCAGUUGCGAGCUCAGCCGGCUAGAAGACAUAAGUGAAUUGAUUAGUAAUUGCUUAAGUUCGCCAAUGCGCAAGGAAAAACUCGCUGCUGCCAUAGAGAGUGAAGGUUACAUUAAAAAAUUGUUAAAUUUAUUCCACAUGUGCGAAGAUCUGGAGAACUUUGACGGCCUGCAUCAUCUUUACGACAUAUUCAAAAACAUCUUCCUGUUGAAUAAGAACGCGCUUUUCGAAGUGAUGUUUGGUGACGACGUUAUCUUUGACGUGGUCGGUUGCCUAGAGUAUGACCCAUCCUGUCUGACGCGAAAGAAACAUCGCGAGUAUCUCAAGCAGCAAGCCAAAUUCAAGGAGGCCAUUCCCAUUCGCAACACCGAGCUGCUCUCAAAGAUUCACCAGACGUUCCGGGUGCAGUACAUCCAGGACGUUGUACUGCCGACGCCGUCCGUCUUUGAAGAUAACAUGCUAACGACGCUUAGCAGUUUCAUCUUCUUCAACAAGGUGGAGAUAGUGUCGCUUGUACAAGAGGACGAAAAGUUCCUUACAGAGCUAUUUCAAAUGCUCACUGAGCCGAACACAACUGAUGGUAAACGACGCGAUUUGGUGCUCUUCCUCAAAGAGUUCUGCAAUUAUUCGCAGAAUCUUCAGCCGCAGGCGAAGGAGACGUUUUAUAAGACGUUGACGAAUCUGGGAAUUCUUUCCGCGCUCGAAAUCACGCUCGCGAUGGACGACCAGAAAACAAAGACUGCUUCCAUUGAUAUUCUCACUUACAUCGUGGAAUAUUCACCUUCCUUUGUUAGAGAGUACACGCUACAGCAAGCCAACAAUACGGACGAGGACCAAAUUCUACUUAAUAUAGUUAUAGAACAAAUGAUUUGCGACACGGAUCCGGAACUGGGCGGCGCGGUGCAACUGAUGGGAGUGCUUAGGUUACUUCUGGAUCCGGAGAAUAUGCUCGCGCAGGUGAACAAAUCGGAGAAGACCGAUUUUCUUAAUUUCUUCUAUAAACACAGCGUUUUGAUCCUUAUAGACUUUUUCUGUUCAGAUCCUUUACUCAAGAACACGGCGCAUGGGGAGCCUCAGAAGGAAGACUACCAGACAGUACAACUGUUGGGUCUGAUUCUGGAGCUGCUCUCGUUUUGCGUUGAACAUCAUACGUACCACAUCAAAAACUGCAUCCUCAACAAGGAUCUGCUACGGCGUAUUCUUGUACUGAUGAAGUCUACGCACAAAUUUCUCGUGCUAUGCGCGCUGCGAUUCAUGCGCAAGCUAAUCGCGCUCAAGGACGAGUUCUACAAUCGUUACAUCAUCAAAGGCAACUUGUUUGCGCCCGUUGUCGAUGCUUUCGUGCGCAAUAACGGCCGCUACAAUCUGCUGGACUCGGCUAUCAUUGAAAUGUUUGAGUUUAUUAAACUGGAAGAUAUCAAGACACUGUGUUCGCACGUGGUUGAAAAUUACGGCAAGAGUCUGGACGACAUCGGCUACGUGCAGACGUUUAAGUCGCUCAAGUCGCGGUACGAUCAACACCAAGAUAAGCUGAAGGACAGGGAGCGCAAUGCACUUGAGGGGGUUCCCUCGAUAUUACGUAAUAGUAGGUAUAGGCGCGAUCAAAGACAAAUGGAGGAAGAGGAGGAGAUGUGGUUCAACGAAGAUGACGAUUUUGACGAUAACGAAACGAUAGUACCGGCAGGCACUACGGAUAUUUUGUCGAAAAAAAUUGACACAGAUCUGGAUAGUAUAGGCAAGAUAAUCGAGAAGAAGGUGGAGAAUAAUGGACCCAAAAUGAACAAUAAUUCCUCGCAAAAGUCGACUGUCCUGAACAAUAAUGCCAAUAGUGGGGCUCAACCACCUAGUAGUCCUGCACCAACUGAAAACAAGUCGGCUUUAUUCAAACGAAGUUUGGUUGAUUACGAAGGUGGCGAUUCGGACGAAGAAGAAGAUGAAAACAGCGAAGUGCCGAAGCGGCCGCGCCUCUCAUAGUACAUAGAAAAGUUGGACAUUUAGGUAAGUCUUUCGUAUAGAAGGACGCAGGAAACAUGCACAAGCCAACCAAACGAAAAUGGAUUUCAUUGACUACUAGUGGCGGAAAGAUCAGUGUCCCAGCCGCCACGUACUCGUAACAUAAAACCAAGUUCAAGAGUGAUCUCAACCUUACUAGUGUGCGAUUUCAUUUAUACAUAUGCAAAACUGUUGUGUGGUAUGAACGGUCAAUUAUAAAUCAGUGCGUAAACAAGCAGACGCGAAUGUUUUGAGAUUUAAGGACGUUCCGAGAAGACGAGAAGAAUGCCGGAUGUGCUUGUUCAUUUGUUUUGUAAGUACAUUUAACGACUGCACAACUCUCGUCCACACCAAUCAUAUUGUAUAUCUGAUUUAAUAGGCCACGCAAAUACACUUACAUACAUACACGCAUACACAUAUUGAGUGCAAAACUGCAGUAAACGAAGAAACAGUCUGGUUACAAAAAGUACUAAUCACAAAUGCGAACUAUUUUUCUAUCUUGCAGUAACCCCCAAAAUAUAUUUAUUAACUCUUUCACCUGUAAGUAUCUGUAUCGGAAGACUUACUGCAAGAUUGACGGCAACGUGUGUUAGCGCCUGACAAAUGGACACAGCCGCCUUAUAUUUCCAACUAAACUGGGACGACUUGCGCGCAUCUUACUGAGCGAUAAACGAUUGACUAAACGAGUGAGAUUAGGACGACGAACGAUUCUGGGUGACUUGUGUCUCGGGCGGGAAAUGGUUCAUCGCUGUCGUUGGCAAUGUCGCCCCCGCACCCAUUUGUAUAUAGUUCAUUGAUAUAUUUAAGUAAUGCGCGAGACCUCCAAUUGUCAGGCGACGCAAAUCCAUUUAUUUUUAUAAUUAGUUUACUUCUUUUAUUUACAAUCACCUAUUAGUUUUAAACGCUGCGAGUAAUGCAAGAGAACGCGUAAUUGAUUUAUUUUCUAAUGGUUUUCUUCUCGUGGAAAGCAUUAUGAUAUCUUUGAUUUACUACGAAGAGCGGCGGGGUCCUCAAAGGGACGCCGAGUGAAUUUACUUAUAGGCUAAGUAGUUAUAUAGAUAGGUUUUAGCUACGUUUAGUAUCAUAUAAAAAAUAAAAAAUAUAUCUAAUAAAAGUGCGUGUAGUGUCAAAAAAGUGCUUAGAUUGUGGGAUAAUGAAAAUUUGAAAAUCGAUGCAAAUUUUACAUCUUCGUACUGUUUGAAAAUAUGUGAAUAUUUCUGUGAUUAAAAUCACAACACAACCCUGACAUGGAAUAUCAGCAAUUGAUACCACUUGUAAUUUUAUUUAUUGAUUUUAUAAGUAAAUGAAUGAAUGGAUAAAGUAAUUAAACGUAAAUUGGAAGUAAUUUUAAACGCGUAGCAAAUUUGAACAGUAUGAAGCUGGCCGAAAUUCCGGAUGCAUUGAAGCCUUGCUUUAGUUUUCUUGUAAUAAUUGUGAUGAAUAAAAUGUGUUAUAAGUUACUUCUUAAGCCUGCUGCUUUUCGAAUCAAUUCACACACAAACGAAAUGAAGUUACUUGAUGAUGAUUUCCGAUUGUCUACCGAUUGCAAAUGUUUUUAUCUAUUUCCAAGCGAAAGACGGCAACCAAUUGAUUAAGAUGAUGUAAAUAGCAACCAUAUUAUUGUAAAGUACUAACUAAUUAACGAUCGCAGCUCUUGUCGCGCUCCUCCAGCACUAGAAACCCUGGAGGUGUGCAACGAUAGCCGUCGCAGAGAAAAAAAAAACUAUUAGCUUCUGAUCUGUUGACAAAAGGGAGAAAGAAAAAUACAAAAAUACAGUAAAAUGUAUACAAAUGAUGCUAAAACCGUAAGCAUACCGUAAUUAAUAAUCAAAUAAUGAGUGCAAUUUGUAUAUCUUUUACUUGUUUUAAUUUCACAAACAUAAACUUCCGAGUUUCCGAAAUGCACAAAUUGUACGAUUUCGUUGUGAGAGCGCGUACGCUAUCCGUCUGUAAUUGAAAUAAGCAAAAACAAGCACUACAUCAGCGGCGAAUCAUGCGCACGUCAACCUUUUUAUACAAACAAACAAAAUGGCAAAAAAAUACGGCAGCUUAUAUUUUUUAUACUACACCACAUGAUCGCAUAAACGACAGACAACCCAACAGCAAACGAUGGCAAGCAAUACACCAUCGAUCAUUCAUUUAAUUCGAUACUCUGACGCAACCACCGCCGAAGAAUUGACGCGUUUCACAACGACGCCCACUCAGAACUCGAUACGUGAACGAAAUGAAAAUGAAAAACUUCGACGACAAACAAGAAUCAUCUGUAAUUACUACCAGUAUACAGACAGAACUUUUUAAAAUAGCAACACACAAACAAAUGAAGAAAAGUAAAGACAAAUUUAAACAUGAAACAAAACUAAUAAGAGAUGAUUAAUGUUUUUAACAGAAUAAUGUAAAAUAAAAUUGUACUCGUUAUUAUAUUUAGGUAAUAAAUCUAAAAUAAAAUUA